AUGCAUUUUCGUUGUCUUGUUGUAUUCUCAAUAAUACUGUUUAGCAGCUCAUUAGGAUUUCAUAUUAAGAAGCAACAACAAACAGGCAUAGAUAUCGAUAAAAUUUUUGAAAAUGGUCCUUUUCCUAUCGCUGAAGUUUCCUAUGAAUAUCCGAUUGUCAACGAUACAGAGCUCACACCAUCUUCAAACAAUUUGACGACACAAAUUAGAGGACAAAUAUAUUUUCCGAAUACAACAACAAACGAUACACAAGGUUCAUUUCCAAUUCUAGUUUUUCUUCCGGGAAAACACGCAGAUUGUCGUUUACCUGUGCCACCCGGCUAUCCUGCUCUUGAUCUAGAAGCAACUGAUAGUUGGGGUCAUUGCCCAAAUAAUUUGUCUACAGUUCCUAGCCAUCUUGGUUUUGCCUAUCUUGGCAAAUAUUUUGCGUCGUAUGGUUAUAUUGUUAUUUCGAUUGAUAUCAUUUUGAUAAACAAUAAAUGGGGUAUUCCCGGUGAUGACACACUAAAUUUCGUUCGAGCACGCAUUGUUCUUCGAACCCUGCAAAAAAUGAUGGAACUCAAUGCAAAUGCUAAAACUUCGAAACAAGUAUUGGGCGGCAUCGAUCUAUCGGACAAGUUUGAUUUUUCUCAAGUUGGUAUGAUGGGACAUUCACGUGGUGGCGAAGGAGUUCGCAAUGCUUAUAAUAUGUUGAUGGAAAAUAAAGGACCCAGCGAUGCUCCAAAAUGGCGUGAACGACUACCGGAUGUGAUGAUUAGAGCAAUUAUGGAGAUCGCGCCCAUGUAUUAUGGCCAGAAUGGAACCACACUUGGUGUGGAAAAUAUUCCAUGGGGAAUGCUUGUAUCAGGAUGUGAAGAUGAUGAAAUUGAUUACGUUCAUGUUUAUUUGGCCUAUCAUCAAUUGUACACUGCGAAACGUCCCAAUCAUGUUUUACAUAUUUACGGUGCUAAUCAUGAAUAUUUUAAUACUGAAUGGCAAGUCGGAUUACCGAUGUGUCUAGGCGAUCAGGAUCCAUUAUGGGAUGUGAAUGCAACAACGUUCAAAAUUAGAGAUCUAUAUCCACCAGUUGCGAACACAUCUCUUGAUCUUACUUUGUUAAAAAUCAAUGAAUCAGAAUCACAACGUAGAACAGCUAUCUAUUCAUUAUCGGCAUUUUUUCGUGCCUAUGUUGGUGUCAAUGCUGAUCCAGCUCUUGCAAAAUAUCUCCAGUCUUCAACUCCGCUUCCUGCUAAUCUUACUGAAAUUGGUCGUCAAUUUUUCGACAAUACUCAAUCUAUUCGGCUUUUCAAUGGAACUGGAAAUAUUAUUAGUACUACUGGUGCACAAAUUAUGCCAUUAAAACAGUAUGCUCAAUCCAUAUUUGCUUCUUUUGUUACUGCUUACAAUAAUUCUCAAGUUCCACCUCCACAUUUUGCUCUUAAUCCACCACAGAAGGGUAAUUUAUCUUUGGAUUGUUUGGAACUAAUUGAAAACGCAGUUCAUAUCGACUUUGGAAAUAAUUCUGAAUCGGAAGUAAUUGUUCUAUUCAACAAAGUAGAAGUAGGAAAAAGCACAACAAUUGAUAUUCAAUUGGCGAGAAGAAGUUCUUGCUGGUUUACGUCAACUCACCCAUCGACAUGUGCGGAACCUAGAUUAAUGAACAUUGACAUUCAACUACAAACUCAGGCAGGGUUUGUUUAUAGUACAACCGUAUCCUUGAAGAGUCGGUACAAUUUACAAUUUGCUCGAUGCAAUGCUAUGAAGCUUCCACCAGAAAAAAUUGGCUUUUUACCUGUGAUGUUUGAAACUGUCACAAUAUCAGUUGUCGAUCAUUUUUACGUUAGUGGUUUAAAAUUUAUCAGUCACAAUGGUGGUAGUAUGAUCUUAGGUACUAUAGAAACAUUAAUUCAACAAUCUUCUAGAGCCUCAUUUCUAUUAAUAUCGCAAUACGUUUUUCCUAACUUAAUUUUUUUGUUGUUUGUUUUCUAUUUUCUUAAUUGA